AUGUCCAGCGGCGACACCCAAGGAAUUGUCAUUGACGCUGGCUCCUUCCGUACCAGGGCUGGAUUUGCCGGUGAUGAUGCGCCUCGCUCUAUCUUCCGAACUGUCGUCGGCCCACGCUCCGUCGGCGACGCAGCCAUCCAAAACAACGAACCCCUCGUAAACCCACUCCAGAACAGCUCCGUGACAAACUGGGAUGCACUACAGAAGAUCUACUGGCACGCCUUCUACAGUGAGCUGAAGGUCGCACCGGAAGAACACCCCGUCCUGCUCGCCGAAUCCCCAUUCACCAGCGACGCGGAUCGGGAGAAGACCGUGCAGAUGAUGUUCGAGAACUUCAACGUUCCCGCACUCAAUAUUGUGCCUGAUGCUGUGUUGGCCGUGUAUGCAUCCAAUCGCACUACAGGCCUAGUCAUUGAUGUUGGGAAUGAAUACGCCCGCAUCGUCCCCGUUAUUGAAGGGAAAUGUGUAGCGGAAGCAAGAGCCCAAGUUGAUUUUGGAGAUCUCUCGAUUGCGAUAUCAAACGUAGCUCAAACCUUUGAUGAAAGCGUUCAGGCUAGUUUGUAUAGCAAUGUAAUCCUGUCCGGAGGAAACACGGAUCCUGGCCUGGCAGACCAUCUGCACAAUGCGAUCGCUAACGUCGCGCCGGAAUUUGCAUCUAUGAACAUUACCAGCCCCGCGAAUCGUGAAUACUCGGUCUGGCUGGGUGGUACCCUUGUGGCUUCGGCUGAUGCCGAGGGCAUCUGGAUGUCUAAGGAGCAGUAUGACGAGAACGGUGCUGGGGUUUUGAAUGGGAAGUAUUAUGCAUAG